GAUGUCACAUUCGAGUUGUGAAAAUACGUACACUGUGACAAUGUCUCGGCCCGUACUGUCUACUCAUGUACUAGAUAUAUCCACAGGCCGGCCGGCUGUGGGAAUGUUCGUUGAAUUAUACAAGAAGAAAGACAACGGCUGGACGUUAUGGCACAAUACAGUGACAUCUAGCGAUGGAAGGAUACAGUUUCCGUUUUCAAAGGAAUCUAUGGCUGAAGGAACGUACAAACUGAAAUUCAACGUCGAGGACCAUUACACGAGAAGCAAUCAGGAAACUUUGUACCCGUACGUGGAGAUUGUCUUUAAAACGAAGGAAGACGAACACUACCACGUCCCGUUACUGCUCAGCCCGUACGGCUACUCCACCUACAGAGGAAGCUAAAAAUUUAAUGUUACGAUACCAUUAUUUUAUACUGCAUUUAAGAUUAUGUUUAUCAAGUAAAUAUAACUGAAUAAAAUAUACUAUUUUUACAAGACA